AUGAGCUAUAUGGUAGGCUGGAAUGUCAUCGACGUUGGAAUCGGCUUUUCCUCAUUUCCGCAGUGCAUACUGCUCUGGGGAAAAUUCUUGCUUUAUGGUGCUGUGGGAAUCAAGACGUUGACAAAAUGUGAAACAAUGCAAAAAUGUCGCCCCCUUAUCUUGAUUCGCCGUGUUGGCUGUUGUCACGACCAGCAGUACUUUAGCCAUGCUGCUACCACUACUCAGUCUGGGUCAGCACAGGGUCAAGGUCGACGCCUGAAUCAGUGGUGUGUUCGUGGACAAAUCCUCGAUUAUGACUUUAUUCAAAAUUUUGCACAAGAAUUGCAUAAUACCACAUUCAAGGAGGCAUUGGAGAGGGCGGGUAAUGCAGCCAUCAGCUUCGAGGCGAUGGUGGCAGUUUUGGGUGGUCGAUCGUGCACACGUAAGCCGAUUGCUUUCAGGCAAAUGGCACAUUCAACUUCACGGGCUUCAGUAACAGUCUUGGUGCCGAAAUCAGCACUAUUUCCAUCGCAGAGGUGUUACAAGGGCCCCUUUUCUAUUGUUGAACUUGGGUCAAAUUGUCACGUUGAUGCCGCCUAUGAAGAAGCUGAUUUCGAUGCUGGUGUCUGUGCACAAGUUGAGGAGACACUUAGGAACCGAUGCAACUUGAAGGAAAAGUUGGAAAAAAACCUUCAAAAUAUCCGAGAUGAUAUUAAGUUUGCUGAAGAUGACAUUAAGAAAUUGGAGCUUUCGCUGGAUGCAAUGCUAUGCAGUGUAACAGAAGGGGGAAACAGGACUACUGAGCGAAAUAUCCGAAGUAUUGAAAAUGAAAUUGAAACAAAGAUGAGGCUUCUUGAUACCCUACACAAACGUGAGACAGCUUGUAAAGACAUUUUAAGUAAACCAGAGGACUCACUGCUUAUAAACGAAGUCACUACCGCAUCCUCCUCAGUUAGUCAAAAUACCAAACAACGAGUACCAGCUAGUCCUACUCAACUUCCGAAGAAUGUGAGUCGUUCAUCAGCAUACAUAGACGAUGCUGACUUUAAGACCUUCCAACGUCGAAUUCGCGAUUAUAAAAGUCAGCACAGUGGAAAUGAUUUGGAAGAGAAGGUGUUAGAGGGUGGUCUUCGGGUUCCUGGCGAGAUUUGGAGUCGUCUAUAUGCCUAUCAACGUGAAGGGGUCGCCUGGCUUUGGGGACUACAUCAACACGGAGUCGGCGGCAUCCUUGGUGACGAAAUGGGACUGGGAAAAACCGUCCAGAUAAUUUCUUUCCUUGCAGCUUUGUAUCACUCCAAGCUGCCAAUAGCCGGGAGUAGCUAUGAUGUCGCAAUUUCGCGGAUGAAGAAUCCACAAUCCAACCGUGUUUUCGAUGGUCUGGCACCGGUUCUGAUUGUCUGUCCCGGAACAGUGUUGAAACAGUGGCUUGGAGAGUUUCGUACAUGGAUGCCGACUGCUCGUGUUGUCAUUGUCCACUCUAGCGGAUCGGGAUAUAACAAUCUCCCCCGCUUGAUUUCCAGCCUCUUUGCGACCUCGGGCAUAGCUUUAACAACCUACGGCACCCUGGCUCAGCAUUCCGAUGUCCUUGUGCCCCUUGCCUGGCAUUACGUGAUUCUUGACGAAGGUCAUAAGAUCAAGAACCCUCAGGCGGAGAUCACGAAUACGGUGAAGCGAUUCAUCACUCCUCACCGACUAAUAGUCUCGGGAACACCGAUGCAGAAUAACCUAAAGGAGCUGUGGUGCAUCUUUGAUUUUGUUUACCCAGGCAAACUGGGUGGUGGGAUGAUGGAUUUUCUUGUAAACUUCGCUGUGCCAAUCACACAGGGUGGUUAUGCCAACGCUACACCUCUGGAGGUCCUCUUCUGCCACCUCACUCACUACCAACGCUCUGUGUACGAGGAGUAUCUCGGCUCUCAGAUCUGUCAGGACAUUCUGCGUGGCAAUGGUCAAGUUUUGGGUGGUCUGAUGGUUCUGAAAAAGCUAUGUAACCAUCCGGAUCUCGUCACUGGCGGUCCGCGACGCUUUGGAAUCAAGCAGGGCGAGAGUGACGAUAAUGACUACGAGGAGGGAGAUGAGUGGCGUCGGUUCGGCUGCUCUCGACGCUCUGGGAAGCUGAUGGUCACUUUGGACCUGUUGGCACUUUGGUGGGAGCAGAAACACAAGGUUUUGUUGUUUACACAGAGUCGUAAAAUGCUGAACAUCCUGGAGCGGCACGCCUCCCGCCGUGGCUACACCUACCUGCGCAUGGAUGGUGGCACACCGAUGAGGCAGCGUCAACAUCUCGUGGAGCAGUUCAAUUCAACUACUACUUCCGGGGGUCCACAAAGCUACUUCCUCUUCCUCCUCACCACAAGGGUGGGAGGCCUGGGAGUGAAUUUGACCGGCGCAGAUCGAGUGCUUAUAUUCGAUCCCGACUGGAAUCCCUCUACCGAUGCGCAAGCUCGAGAGCGCGCCUGGCGGAUCGGACAGGAGCGUGAGGUGAUGGUAUAUCGUCUGCUUACCAGCGGGACGAUCGAGGAAAAGGUCUAUCAGAGACAAAUCUUUAAGCAAUUCCUCGCCAAUCGAGUGCUGAAGAAUCCGCGUCAACAGCGUUUCUUCAAAAUCAACAGCCUUUACGAACUAUUUUGCCUAGGAGACGCUCUCCCCUCUGAUGCAAACGGUGGUCAACAGCCCAAGUCGGUGUCCUUUUUCAGGGCCAUCGGGGUACCCAGGCACGCCGUGACGGAGAACCGCUUCGAUCGCCUUUUUUCCAGCCACCCGGUGAAGCUUCGAGAUAUCGUCAGUACAUCGGACGAAGAGGACGUUAAGCCGGAAGUGGUGGAAGAGGUGGAGAGAGAUGUAGGGAAUGUGGAAGAAACACCAGCCCAACGCGAGGCACGUUUAAGAGCUCAGGCUCGACGCUUAAGCAGGCAGCUUGUAGAGCGCUAUACUCGGCGCGGGACGCACGUGGAUGGACGUAGGAUUCGCGGAGUAGAGCGACGGUCCCGAUUCGAUGAAGGGGAAGCAAAGGGCGGAGAUAAGCGGCCGCAAAAAGAGGAAAUGGAUCCGUUCGUCACUUCGGUAAUUUGUGGUGCGAAUGCGGACGAAAAGUCGGUUAUUUUGAAGCGAAAGCGAGAGGAAGUGGACGAGGACAUGAAAGUGGAGGCCAAACGGGUUGCCAAGGCUGCGCUAAAGGCAAUAAGAAGGAAGACAGAGAAGAGGAAAAAGAAGGUGGUUUCUACGAUAAGGAAGCGCUUGCAAGGCCUAACCUGUGUUAACCAUGACAAGUUAAUGGACAACUUUCUGAUGUCCGAAGAACGCGUGGAUCCAACGUUGGAACGUCUUCAAGCGUCUCGAUUAGCCAACAACGUUGUCGCCUGGUUGAAAUCUCAGACACAGCAGAUAGACGAGAUCCAGUGGACUGCGUCAAAGCCACUGCCUGGUGUCACCUUUGGACUGGUCAAAAACCGAUUUCUUUGGUCGCCGAAGGAGAUAGGUUGUCCGCUCUACCUUGCCUACAAACUACAAGGCGAGUCGGGGCCUUUGAGACCGGGAGAUGCUUCAAACAACCUGCUCUAUGCCGGGCACAAUCGUUUGAGCUCUCGUCUCUUACUGGAACUGAUCCGCGAACGUCGGCAUCGAAGUAUGGCCGUGGUGGGGCCUUCAACUGACGCUUCUACGUUUCAAAAAGGAGGUUUUCCUUGCGUGGAAAAUCAGGAAAAGGAACUUCGGAAUCUGGCUCUUAAGCUUCUUGCUCUCUUCACCGAAGAGAAUGUUACUAUCCCGUCCACCAGUACGGAAGCCAUUGCAGAGCGUUUUAAGGAGAUCCUGAUGACGAAGAAACUGACUUUGACGGCGAGGGAUGGAAAAUUGACUGGACGCCACUUUAGGGCGUUGCUGCGAGCACUGGCCAAUCCUCCCCUGCAUAGGAGUGGUGGUAGGGACAAAGAUAGAAGCGAGGUGUGGAUUCUAAAGCCCUAUUUUAUCACUUUGGCAAGACAGUUGGCGCUAGCCCCAAUUAGCAGUGGUCUGCGUAGUGAUGGAGAAACAAUCUGA